AUGACAACGCCUCCUACCCCACAUGCCUCGUCACCAUCCCGGCGGCUUCCAUCGACAGCGCAUCCUUCCACCUUUGCGACCGGUCACACCUCGUCGGCUGCGUCGUCCCGUCCCUCGAGAGAUGAUGCUACCGGGCUGUACGAUCAAAGCGCUCGUACUCUAGACCUCCAGCGUCGUCGCGAACACAGCACCUCGCGUCAUGAGCCAGGCGCAUACCAGCCCUCCUCCAAGCCAACUUCCAGAUCCCCCACCAAGAACGUGGCUAGCUCGACUGCAUCCACUUCCAGCGCUGCGCGCCGCAAGUCCAACAUGAAUAGCGACAAGGCCGAAAAGCGCAGGAGCAGCCGCGCCUGCCUCGAGUGCCGCCUCGCAAAGACAAAGUGCCACGUCACCGACAACCAGGACGUGUGCGACCGCUGCGCCAAGUUCUCCUUCGACUGCCGCUUUGUCCGCCAUCAUCGCGGUCGUAAGCCCGUCUCGAAACUCGCCGCCAUCGAUCCGGAGGACAUUGACGGCGCUCCAGGUUCAUCGCGCCACGGCGGCUCGCAUGGAUACGAUGGCUCAGACGACGAUCUCGCCACCGACCACGACAGCGAUUCGGCGAACGAAGACAUUGCGCCCAAGAAUGAACAGGGUCCGUCAGGCCAGGACGACGCUGACGCUACUCACCCCGCCCAGGCUGGGCGACCAUCGGCGCGCGAACACGAUGCCAGCGGCCCUGCAUCCUCGGACGGCGCCCAAAGACGAAGCAGAGACACGGCGUCCACAAAGGCUUCUUCGGGAAGAUCGAAUAGCAAAGCGAGAGUGCAAAGGAACGCCAACAAUCUGCACGAGCUUGACACCAGUGCAAGACGCAGGAUCUGGGAAAUGCUCGCGCAGAAGAUCCCGCAGCGAGGCUCGACUUACACUUUCGUCAGCAAGGGUGAGGUCGCUCACGACAACCUGCAAGCAUCCACUUCCUCCUCCAAGUCCGCCGGCAUUGGAGCCAGCUCGAAGCGGGCCUCGUCACCUUCCUCUGCCUCAGCCCUCGACCGCAAGGAUGCAGCGAGAGAAAGUGCGACAGGCUCGACGGCGGAAGACGAUCCUUCGCGGCCCAGCGCAAACGAUUCGGCUUCGACGCAGCCAAAGCAAGCCUCCGCUCCGUCGCAACACUUCGCCUCGACCUUCCGAAACCUGCUGCGACCAGUCGAUAAGCGGGCGGCCGCUUCCACUGCCCAAGAGGAGGCAGCAUCUGCUGUCGCAGCACGCUACCCACGCCUGCCGGAAACGCUGAAUCUGUUCGGAUCCAAGGACCCCGUCGAUCUAGGCAUCCUUUCCAUGGCUGCCGCUCGUCGCCUCUACGCAUACUACUUUGAGCAUCUCAACCCGUGGGGGAUGAACUUUGACCCGAAGCUCGUUUCGCACGAUGCGGUGCGCGCGUCGUCGUCGUAUCUGUACUCGACCAUUUUGUACCUCGCCUCGCGAUACAUCGAGCUGGCAGAUGGCGAGGAUGACUCGCCCGCCUUCUUCCCGCCGACGUUCGCACGCCCGCGGCCGGACGACGACCGCAUCACGAGCGCCAUCUCGGCGCAGCUCGGCACACAUGUGCGCAGUCUCGCCAUCAUGGCGUUCGCACUCGGCGACCGGAGGAUGGAGACCGGCGUCGCCAUGUAUCUCUCGUCCGUGUGGAAGGAGGCGGACGACCAUUUCACCAUCCUUUACUGCAGCUACGCGGCCAAGAUCAUGAGCGACAUCCCAACCGAGCUGCUCUCGCUUCUGCCGUCUUCCGAUGCCGCCAACGCUCGCGUCAAGAACGGAAUCAAGCAGAAGGACGACGCCGAGACGUCGGCUGCGUUGCAGCAGCAGAGGUCGCGCCGCAAUCAGCAGCGACAAUUCCUCUUCCACUUCAUCCAGGAGCAUACACAUCUUCUGCACUUUGCGCCGCGGCCCAACUUUGAUCGCGGCCCGAGCCUGUUGCGCAACCUGCUUGCGUGGGCGGACGAUGCGCUAGCCACCGAGGACGACAUUCUGCUUUGUGCGGAUAUCGAUUCGGUGCUGCUGCAGACCAAGUACAAGUCGAUCAUGGAGCGCGCACAGGCGCAGGAGAAGGAUACGCUCUACGGCGGUAGCGAGUGCUUCCUGCUGCUUCAGAGCUUCAUGGACGAGCUCGAGGGCUGGCGCAGCAGGUGGGAGCUGCAGGCGCGCAAGAUCAACGAGCGCUUCGGGCGAAGUGCCGCACCUUCCCCGCCAGAGCACAAGUCGGACCACGAUGCAGGUGCGCCAGCUGCUGACAAGAGCGAGAAUGGAAACAAGAGGAAAGAGGACGAGGGGCCGGAGGAUGGAGUCGGGCAUCUUCCGCUCGAUGCACGCAUGCAUCUGCUGAGUGUAAUGCGCAGCAGUCUCGUCAUGCAGGUCUCGAGUAUUGCCUUCCGAGCUUCGCUGCGCGACAUCAACAAGGCCAAGCCCGCGGCCGCAGGCAAAGCAAGCAGCACUUCAGCUUUUUCGCCCUCAGCUCUGUCUGCGAUGGAUGACCGCGCCGAGCAGGUCUACUACACGUGUCUCGACUCGGCGCUCAACCUGCUGGUGCACACGUUGCAGAUGCCGCCGUCGAUCCUGCGCCAUGCGCAGGACAUGAUCAUGGUGCUCGCGCCGCACGCGGCGCUGCUGGCGACGUACCUCAUCUCGCUCCCGCUGCCAUCGGUGCCGCCGCACUACGCCGCAUCGGCAGCGUCGGACAGGAUGGGCUACGAAUACGCCAAGGUCAAGACGAGGGUGCGCAGGAGAAAGGAGUACGAGCGAAAGUGUCUCGAGCUUAUGCGCGAUACGCGCGAGUCGUUCCGGCUGGCUCAGGUGCGAGCCGACGACCACGUCGGUCUGUGUGCGCAGUACUUUGACUCGCUGCUCAAUGUUAUCGAAGGCGAGUCGGUGGAAAACGGAGCGUCGGCGGCGGCUCCGGCGAGACAGGGAAGAUCGCUGCUCAGCAACACCAGCGUGCUUGCGGGCACCAAGAGGUCGCGCAGCAGUCUGGAUACCCAGCGUGGCGAGGGAGGCGAGCACGAGGCACCCAGCGCUCCACGCGGGGUCACGCAGACGGCGUCGUCGGACGCUGCUGCAGGCCGAUCAAGCUCGGCGGGACCCACUCCGGGCUCGCGCACUUCGGCCCAAAUGGGAGCGCAGCCUCACUCGAGCCUGCGCCAUUCUGCUCAAUCUCACGGCACGUCCAACAUGGACGCAUCGGCUGCCGAGACGCUGCUCAACCUGCACUCGGAGUCGCAUCCGUUCGGGUCAGAGGCCGACGAGGCUGGUGCCGCCAACGAGGGCUCCUCGCGCGUGUUCCCCGCAGGUGGAUACUACGGGUCGGGCACGCAUCUUGCGCAUCCGCGCGUCGGCGCCCACACCGCAUCCACACCGCCAUCGUCCACGUCUGCUGCGGCCGGAUCGUUCUCCCCCGGCAGCUUUGUGAGCUCGGGCAUGUUCGGCCACUUUGUGCCUCCGUCGUCCUCGUCGAUUCCCAACUCGCCGCAACACACAUACCCGCACCACCACCACCAUCCCCACUACCCUGCUGUUGCGCAUCCGAACGCGGCCGAGUUCGCUUUUGCGCCGGGCAUGGUCGCUGCACAGGGAACAGCGACGCCGACGGGAGCGGCGGGAACGGGCACCUCGACACCAGUCGACUGGACUUGGCUCCAGAGCUUCCUCGAGGUGCCCGAGUUCUCGUGGAUGUAA